CGCCGUCCAAAAAAGAUUGACUCCGAACCCGGAGUUGUUCUGCUGCACUCAACAGGAGAGUUCACUGCAAGGGCCGAGUGCUGGGGUUGACGCUUGGGCAGCUGCAACCGCUGACUCGCAGUAAAGGGGUCCAAGACCCCUGACUUCCAGCAGAACGAAAACAGCCAAUCAGAACGAGGACAGACAGAUUCAACCCAAUCUAGGAGCCAGGCUGAGAGUGGGGGCGGGAACAAGGGCUGAGGUAGACUCAGGUCUGGAGCUGUGCUGGGGCAGUUUCUUUGCUGCUGCUGCUUCUGUGCUGAGAGUACUCUAGCCAGGUAGGGUGUAUGUGCGGGGGAGAGGUAGGUAUCUGUGUGGCUUCUAAUGGAGAGGAUCCGCACAGCCUGGAAAAAUGGAGAUGGGAUAGAAGGAAGAUACCCGGGAGGCAACCUUGUAGGGAGAAAAGAGAUUUCAGAGACCAAGAGCAGCGGGAGCUGGGAAAACGAAGAAAGCUUGUGUGUACAGAGCGAGUGAGUCGAUGAACGAAUGAGUGGCCACUCUGAGCCUGGCGCAAUGCGAGGAAGCUCUGCUUCCUAAGGCAAAAAGCCCUCUCAGGUUGGAGGGGAGCCAUGAGCCGAUUCCUGAACGUGUUACGAAGCUGGCUGGUGAUGGUAUCCAUCGUAGCCGCGGGUCACUCGCUGCAGAGCUUCCGAGACCACACCUUUCUCUAUGAAAACAUCUACAUCAGCAAGCCAGACCUGGUGAAUGGCCUCCAAGCUCGGACCUUUGGAGUCUGGACACUGCUCUCAUCAGUGGUUCGCUGCCUCUGCGCCAUCGACAUUCACAACAAAACGCUCUACUACAUCACGCUCUGGACCUUCUUCAUCGGCAUGGGGCACUUCCUCUCUGAGUUGUUUGUUUUUGGGACCAUGGCUCCCACGAUUUUCAUCCUGGCAACCCUCACGGUGGCAAGUAUCUCAAUCCUGGGCAUGCUAGUGGGGCUCUGGCAGCUAGAAGCAGAACCAGGAUCCAGACAGAAGAAGAGAAACUGAGGCCAACAUCCCCAUGUCCAAGACUUCAUCUCCUGCCUUUGCUUGCAUCUUCCGUCCCUAUGCUCUUCAAUUUCAUUUCUGCUCCAUCAUCCACUUCUAGCCUUUCACAUUUGGGUUUUUUUUCUUUAAUUUAAAAUUUAAGAUAUAACAUGCAUAUAGGAAGUCAGUACCAUUUAAAUUUAUGUAAAGAAUCAUUUUAGAAGGAGUCCUCUGUACCUCCAUCCAAAUCAAGGAACUGCCAGUAUAUCCGAAGCCCACUGUGUACACUUCCGCAACCCACAGCCUCUUCCAGGACCGUUUUUCCAGCCUUCUGCUUUUUCCUUUUGUUUUUAACUGUCGACUAUUUUAACAUAAAGGAAACAGCUGUAUGAGCAUGGAAAGAGCACUGGAGCCCAAGGACAAGGCGCUGGAGCAGACGGCUGCCAUCCAGACACAGCCCUGAGCCCCUCCACACUGGCGGAACCCUCACACACAGAG